ACGCACAGCCUCAGCUCUUCGGUACGCACUCACUGAACCCUCUCAAGCCGCAAGCCGCUCCGGCGAAGCAGUGCGCACCUAACAACUCAUCCUCAGCGAGUUGGAGGGCCACUUUUGGAGCAGCAAAACGCAAGACAUCCACCGGAGAAACAUCAUGUCGUCCUACGUGUCCUCAGAGUGCCGCCGCGUCAGCCCGUCUGUGCACGGCAACAAGUUUGACACGGCGCACCGCAAGAAGGCCGUGGCCAACAUCUUCGAGAACGUCAACCAGGACGCGGUGAUGAGGCUCUUCCAGAAAACUGGCGACAUGAAGGCGGAGGAGAGAGUAAGGAGCAUCUUCUCCUACAGCCAGGACCCGGAGGAGACGUCCCGGGCCCUGAUGGCUCUGAAGCAACGGAAGAAGGACAAGUUUCUGCAGAUCGCGGGGAUGGUCCGGCAGCUGCUCAAGAUGCGCUGACUGUGUUUGACCAGUCUUCUAUCGCCUGUGUCUAUCUCUCGGCUCGUGUGUGAGCUGAAUAUGAAAACACUCCCAAUGUGAUUGGGUUUACCGCCGCAGAUCACCUUUCGCCUGGAAAGGAGCGUCAGGUGCGGAGGAGAAAUGUGCAGCGGGCCGCCUGGAGAGCAUCACGCCGCAGAUGUCGCCUCAUGGACGGAGGUGACAGCGGAGAGAGUCCUGCCUGGAGCGGACGGAGAGCUGACUUGGAAUAUGAAGGGCAUUUAUGUCUUCCCUGACACUUGAACUGCAUUCCUGUGGAUGCCUGACUGUGAAGCAGCCCCCUGUACAGGUGCACAUCACUGCUGAUGGUGGUGCACAGCUGCAAAAUGAGACUCUAUAGUGCCGAAAAACCUGCCUAUGAAUGCCUGUCCUGAACACAUGCCUUGUCUCUCAGCUACACUAAUGAAACUCAUUGGUGGCCACUAAUGUGUUAUUGUCAAAAACAAAAUGCUAUAGCACAAUGCAUUUAUGAUGUGUUCCUUUGAUAAUUUUUUAAUAAAUUAUUUCAUUGUAUACAAAA